AUGUUCCGCUAUCCUCUUCACAACAUCGAAGCUACUCAGGCAUGGAGUUCAGAUGAAUUCCAUUGGAUGGACUUAGAUAUGGAGGAUUCGGCUCAAAGUCUUUGCUUAUCAAUGAGCGUAGUAAACAACUGGGAGGACCUUUCCCCCAAUUACGCCGAGAAUAAUCUAGCUACUCAGGCAUGGAGUUCAGAUGAAUUCCAUGGGAUGCGCGUAGACGUGGAGGAUUCAGCUCAAAGUCUUUGCUUACCAAUGAGCGUAGUAAACAACUGGGAGGACCUUUCCCCUAUUUGCGGCGAGAACGAUUCAGAUGAAAGCACAGAGAGUUCUGAAGAACAGGACUCAGAUUCUCAAGCCGACUUGGAUGACGACGAGGAUGCCCAGUGGGCAGAUAAGGUCACAUACGAUCCGGGUAGUGGGCCAAUUGCCAGUGACGAAGUCUGCACUAAGGGCAGGACUUUGCUGGAACCUGAGCCCGGCACAAUCUGGGUAGCGACUAAAUCGCCUUUUAUUAAACAGAUUAUGAGCGUCAAGAAGAAGAAGGGUGUGGAGGUACUAACCAGCACAGGUUAUUACGUUUCUAUCAUUAAAAACUGUGGAAGUGUGGGGAAACACUUCGCAACCCUCAACCGUCAUGUUGAGGAGACGUCGUGGCACUCAACGGCCAUUUACACCUGUUCUCUCGAGCACACAAAACCCUCGGGACCUCGUCAAUUUCGCCGAAAAGACAAGCUACGCGACCAUCUAAAGAAAGAACACAAGAAGAAAAUAGAAGAUUGUAAUUUCGGAACCAAAAGACAGGUGUAA